AUGAUUGGCAGGUCAACGAUUUGGGAACUUCGACACGGAGGGGGAAACGCUACGCAUCCGGUACACAUUCAUCUCGUCGAUUUCCAGGUGCUGUCACGCACGGGUGGUCGCAAUGCUGUCAGUUCCUACGAAGCCGCUGGCAUGAAGGAUGUAGUUUGGAUUGCGCCGAACGAGACUGUGCGAGUUGUAGCCCGAUAUGCGCCAUGGGACGGUGUAUACAUGUUUCAUUGUCAUAAUCUCGUCCAUGAAGAUCACGACAUGCUGGUAGCUUUCAACGUGACCCAACUGGAGAAAUGGGGAUAUGAUAGCGAAACACACUUCAUUGAUCCCAUGGAGCCUGCGUUUCGCCCGAAGAAUGUUGUGCCUGAAGACUAUACUGAUGAAGCAGUGAAAAGGAAGAUAGAGUGGUUCUGGGGUACGAACGCCUACAAUCGGACGUCUAUCGUAAAGCGGGUCGGCAGGAACUUGAUGGCGAUAAGCUCUUCAGCUUAA